GUCAAUUCACAAACUUCCUGCUCUGGGCUUAGCUGCCACCGUGAACCAGGCCGCCCCAAAGCAGGGUCCGGAGGCCAUACUUGAGGCCCAGGCGGGGGCCCAGGGGGGCCCAGAGUGGAAACAUGGCCGAUUGGGAAAGAGACCUCAGUUCCAGGGCAACUAUAGAAGACCAGAACACUGAUGAGAGACUUGUCUAUGAGACUCUAUUCAAACACUUCAAAAGACACAAGGUGGAGAUUUCAAGUGCAAUAAAAAAGCCAUUUCCUUUCUUUGAGGGUCUCCGGGACCGUGAACUCAUCACCAAUAAAAUGUAUGAGGACUGUCAAGAGUCUUGUAGAAACCUGGUCCCUGUACAAAAAGUGGUGUAUAAUGUUCUCAAUGAACUGGAGAAGACAUUUAACCUGCCACUUUUGGAAGCAUUGUUCAGCGAGGUCAACGUGCAAGAAUAUCCCGAUUUAAAUGACAUUUAUAGGAACUUCGAACAUGCGGUCAAAGAGAAAAUUAAUUACCAAGAAAGCGAUGAAGAAGAGGUGGACGAGAAUCCUAAUAUCCAACUGAGCCUUGAACAAGGAACUGGUGAAAACAUAUAUCGAAGCCUGACCUGGCCAUGUCCACAAUCCUCAUCUCAUCACGGUACCACCUCACCUGAAAAUGGACCCUCGAAGAACCUCUGUGAAACAGAACAGAUUAAUGCAAACAGAAAAGAUACAACCAGUGACAAAAAUGAUGCACUAGAAAGCCAAGAAGCAAAUAAAGAGUGUGCCCAAGGAUCUGAGCUGGCAGAGUCCUGUGAACAAGCAUCCAUCCAAGUGUAUAAUGGAGAUAUAAGAGAAGACACACCCAGCCCUUUGCCCUGUGAUGGAGAAAGAGCAGAGCUACCCAACCAUGGAAUCCAAAUCAAUUCCUGUUCAGUACAUCUGGUGGAUAUAAAGAAGGAAAAGCCAUUUUUUAACUCGACAGUUGAACAGCAAGCCCAAGCAAGGACUAACUGUAACCAGGCAUCUGACAUAAUAGUGAUCAGCAGUGACUCUGAAGAAUCCAGGGAUGGAGAGGAGCUCCCAGAAGCCUCCACAUCAACACUGGAAAGCCAGCCUGACCCCGUGGAUUUCAGAAAAUCACCUAUCUCCCAAGAAAGAGUUUGGAAAGUAGUGAAAAGAUUUGGUGACUCUUCAGAGUCCAGUGAGGAAGAGGAGCCCAUGAGAGCCUCGAGCUCAGCACUGAGAAGCAAUCCUGAUGAGGAGGAUUCUGCGGAUAUUGGAAACAAAUCUUUUUGGGGAAUAAACAACAGGAAAAGACACUCCCUGGAUAACCAAAGGAACUGGAAGAAGAAGUACAUGCCAACAAGCGGAAAGGGGAUCAGCAGUGAUAACUUUUCAGAAUUACAUCGUGCAGAAGAAUCUCAGGAAUCUUCUAACUCAGUCCUAAGAAGUGGGUCAGGAGCAGAGUCCCAAGGACUUGGAAAUGAAGAGUGUUCAUGUGUCAUGUGUCUUUCGAAGGGUAUUUCAAGAGGCCAAGGAACAAGGACUGAGAAUAGCCAAGCAUCUGACACGAUGGAUACCAUGGAUAUUGGAAACAAUCCUACUUCGGGAAAACACAAUGAGAAAAUAAGAAAAAAGAGAAGACACAUACAUAAAAAAAACAAUCUUCAAAAAGUGAGAAGGAGAGGCAGACAUAGAAUCCAAAGUCUAAGUAGCAGAGCCCUAUGGAACAGAGGCAAACCAAAAGGGAGAAAAACAACCAACACUGGGCCUUUGAGAAGAGGCAGAAAAAGAGGUCCAAGAAUUCCCAGAGAUACACACAUGGAUUUUCACCGUCCAGAACUUCCUGUGACCUGUGGAGAGGCAAAGGGGAUUUUAUAUAAGGAGAAAAUGAAACAAGGAACCUCAGAGAAGUGUAUAAAGGGUGAGAAUGGAAGCUGGUUCACUCUCAGGGAAUUUGAAGUUGAAGGAAACCACUCACGAUCCAAGAACUGGAAGAUGAGUGUGAGAUGUGGCGGAUUUCCCCUGAAAAACCUGAUUGAGAAUAAAUACCUACCAGACCCGCCAAGAAGAAGAAAAAGAAGAAAGUCACAGAGAGAGAGAGAGAGGCAGAGACACAGGCAGAGGGAGAAGCAGGCUCCAUGCACGGGGAGCCCGACGUGGAAUUCGAUCCGGGGUCUCCAGUAUGGCACCCUGGGCCAAAGGCAGGCGCUAAACCACAGCGCCACCCAGGGAUCCAGCAACAACUUUUUUGACCCUUAUCCAGAAAACUCAAAUAUAUGUGAGGUUUGCCGUGGACCCGGAAAGCUGUUCUGCUGUGAUACUUGUCCAAAGUCCUUUCAUGAGACAUGCCACAUCCACCAUAUAGAUGCUAACAGGGACCCAUGGAGUUGCAUCUUCUGCAGGAUAAAGGCUCUUCAGAAAAAGUGUCCACAAAGCCAAUUAUGUCACCAGGCAUCUGAGGUCCUAAAGAGGCGGAUGGUACCUGAGGAACAGUUGAAAUGUGAAUUUGUCCUCUUGAAGGUCUACUGCUGUUCAAAAAGCGUCUUUUUUGCCUCAAAACCGCAUUACCAGAGUAGAGGGGCAUCUCAUGGCCCAAAGAAGCCCAUGUGGCUAAACAAAAUCAAGAAAAAGCUGAAUAUGAAACUGUACCUCCAUGUGGAAGGGUUUGUACGGGACAUGUGCCUCAUCUUUCAGAACCACAGGACAUUUUACAAGGACAACCAGAAAUUCAUCAAGCUGGGACUUCAGCUAGAGGCCAUAUUUGAGAAUACUUUCAAAAACACUUUUGCAAUUCAGGAAACAGGCGAGAACAGUUCUCAGUUGGAGCCCAAUCUUUCAUAAAAUAGCCAAUCCCCCUCCCCCCACCCCCCAUCCCCACCCUGCACACCCCACCCCCAGUCAAUUCCUCAGCAGCUACAUGAUGACACAUUGUGGUCCCUCCUACUGACUAUUCUGAUGUACAAACUUUUUCAAAAAUUUUUA